AGCUCAAAAACGCGGCAAUUGACGUUAAUUGUUUUUAAAUUUCACAACUUGACCAUUUUCAAAUGAAUAAAAUAAUGUCUCGUGGAGCUUUUAUUGUUUUUGAGGGAUGCGAUCGUUCGGGCAAGACAACACAAUCCGUGAUGCUAGUGGAAACGCUCAAAAAACUCGGAUACAAGGCAAUGUACAUGAAUUUCCCGGAUCGCACGACAAAAACAGGCAAAGAAAUUGACGAAUAUCUAAACAAAAAGAAAAAUUACACAGACGAGGAGAUUCACUACCUAUUUUCGCGAAACAGAUGGGAAGUAAAAGAGCUCAUGGAGAACCGCCUCUUGAACGGAACAACUCUAAUUGUUGACAGAUAUUCGUUUUCGGGUGUCGCCUUCACAGCUGCCAAGGGACUCGACAUCGAAUGGUGCAAAGCUCCCGAAAUUGGACUCAUGAAGCCAGAUUUAGUUGUUUAUAUGACGUUACCAUUGAAGGAGAUCGUCUCGCGAGGCGGUUUUGGCAAGGAACGAUACGAAAUCCCAGAAUUCCAGAGACGCGUAGGAGCAACAUUCAAAAAAUUAUUUGACCCAACGUAUUGGAAAGAAGUCGAUGCAUCACCAAAACCUGAAGAAUUACAAAUAACUUUGACAAAUAUCGUAGAAAAUGCAAUUGAGGACGCAAAAGACAAACCUUUGAGUUAUUUGUGGUAGUUAAUUAAUUAUUUACUGACUUUUAUAUAUAAAUUAAGACACUGAUGAAUUGUAUAAAUAAAUUUUUAACAC